AUGGACUACCAAAACCGCGCGGGUGCGAACAAGAGCGGCGCUGGUGUCGCGGGCGCGUCCGAGUCGGCCGUCGACCGUCGCGAGCGUCUGCGCAAGCUCGCAAUGGAGACGAUUGACCUCGCCAAGGACCCAUACAUCCUGAGGACACAUCUCGGAACGCUCGAAUGCCGUCUCUGCCUAACGUUGCACGUCAACGAGGGCUCGUACCUCGCGCACACGCAGGGAAAGAAGCACCAGACAAACCUCGCCCGCCGUGCCGCACGCGACCAGCACGAGCAGCUCAUGCUUACCGCUGCGCCAACAUCCGCGCCGACCAUCAAGAAGAAGGUGUUUGUGAAGAUUGGACGGCCAGGCUACAAGAUCGUCAAGAUCCGUGACCCAUUGACGCAGCGUCUAGGGCUGUUGUUCACUGUCGCGUACCCCGAGAUCAAGGCGGACGAGCGGCCGCGGCGGCGCUUUAUGAGCGCAUUCGAGCAGAAGCGCGAGGUACCAAACCGCGCUUUCCAGUACUUGGUCAUUGCGGCGGAGCCGUACGAGACUAUUGCGUUUGCGAUCCCUGCUAAGGACAUGGUUGAGGAAGACGAGGACCCCGACUCGGUGUGGGAACACUGGGACAACGACGACAAGGUGUACUCGUGCCAGCUUCUGUUCAAAUAG